AACAGCGGAGAGGGGGGCAGGUACUGGGUUGUACUGGACCCUACUGGGUUAUACUGGGUUCUGCUGCAGUGUACUGGACUGUGCUUCACCGUACUGGUUCAUACUGGGCCGUACUGGGCUAUGCUGAGAGAAAGCUUUGUGGACUGGGUUUUCCUCACCCGCUUCUGCUUCCUCUCGGACUACGGGCGCCUCGAUUUCCACUUCCGAUACCCCGAGGCCAAGUGCUGUGAGAACAUUCUGCUCUACUUUGACGAUGCCUCGCAGUGGCCUGCGGUCUACAAGAGGGACGACAAGGACUGCCUGGCCAAGGAGUCUGUGCUGCGCCCCGAGAACAACCAGGUCAUCAACCUCACCACCCAGUACGCCUGGUCGGGGUGCCAGGUGCUGCUGCAGGACUCGGUGCGGUACCUGAGCUGCAGCAGCGGUCGCAGCUUCCGCUCGGUGCGCGAGCGCUGGUGGUAUGUGGCUCUCAGCAAAUGUGGGGGCGAUGGUUUGGAGCUGGAGUACGAGAUGGUGCUCACCAAUGGACAAUCCUUCUGGACGCGGCACUUCUCGGCCGACGAGUUCGGCAUCCUUGAGACCGACAUCACCUUCCUCCUCAUCUUCACCCUCAUCUUCCUCAUCUCCUGCUACUUCGGCUAUCUGCUGAAGGGGCGGCAGCUGCUGCACACCACCUACAAGAUGUUCAUGGCGGCUGCAGGGGUGGAGGGGGUCCAGGGGAUGGAUCUGGGGGUGCGCCCCCCCCUCACGCUCCCCCCAGUGCUGAGCCUCCUCCUGGGCUGCGUCCACUGGGGUCGCUACGCGAGCGAUGGCGUUGGCAGCGCCAGCCUCAAGGUCCUGGCCAAGCUGCUCUUCUCCGUCAGCUUCCUCAUCUUCCUCCUCAUGCUCAUCCUGCUCGGCAAGGGCUUCACUGUCACCAGGGGCCGCAUCAGCGCGGGGGGCUCAGUGCGGCUCUCGGUUUACAUCACGCUCUACGGCAUCGCCCACGUCGCGCUGCUCACCUACGAGGCCGAGUUCUUUGACCCGGCGCGGGUGCUGUACACGUACGAGUCGCCGGCGGGCUACGGGCUGAUCGCGCUGCAGGCGCUCGCCUUCCUCUGGUUCUGCGCCGCCGUGCUGCUCACGCUUAAGCGCGUCCCCGAGAAGCAGCCGUUCUACCUGCCCUUCUUUGCCGCCUACUCGCUCUGGUUCUUUGCGGUGCCGGUCACGGCGCUCGCUGCCAACUUCGGGAUCCCCAAGUGGGCGCGGGAGAAACUGGUGAACGGGAUCCAACUGGGGACCCACCUGUACGCCCACGGCGUCUUCCUGGUGAUGACGCGCCCCUCGGCCGCCAACAAGAACUUCCCGUUCCACGUGCGGACGGCACAGAUCGGCUCGGCCGGGGGGGGCCCUGGGGAACCCCAAAAACUGCCACCUCCCCCCCGCCACGGCUACGGCAAUGUCGCCUUCAUCAGCGACUCUGUCCCCAACUUCACCGAGCUCUUCGACAUCGCCCCCCCCCACGUGCGGAAGCGCGGGGAGGAGGAGGUGCCCCCCCCGGGGCCCUUGGUGACCACAACGGAUUUUGGGGGGCCCUGUGCUCCCCCCAAGGAGCAGCCGCCCCCCCCGCAGCCCCGUGCCCCUCCGGCCCCCCCCUACACCGAGUAUUUCAGCGUCCACACGGGGGGAGCUCGCGCGUAGCCCCCCAGCUAGGGGUACCCUGAAAACAGACCCAUCGCACCCCAAAUCUGCCCCCACGGGGACCCCAAAUCUGCCCCAUUGCACCCCAAAUUGAGUGGGGACCCUCCAUCUGCCCAACUGCAUCCCGAAUCUGCCACAUGUGGGAACCAAACUGGGUGGGGACCCCAAAUCUGCCCCAUUGCACCCCAGAUCCACCCCACGGAGACCCCAAAUCUGCCCCAUUGCACCCCAAAUUGGCUCCAUGCGGAUCCCGAAUCCUGCCUCACGGAGACACCAAACUGGGGGGGCUGAAUCUGCCCCAUUGCACCCCAAAUCUGCCCCACAGGAACCCCAAAUCUGCCUCAUGAGGACACUCCAAAUCCAGACCCACAGGAACCCUCAAACCUUGCCCCAUGGAGACCCCAGAUCCACCCUAUGGGACCCCCAAAUCUCCCUCAUUUCACCUCACAUCCAGACCCACGGGGACCCCCAAUCCCUGCCCCAUGGAGCCUCAUCUCCGCCCCACAGAGACCCCCCCACACACCCCCGCAGUGGGACUCCCAAAUCA